ACAGUAUGUAACGUCAUCGCGAUGAUUCGACCAAUCAUGGAGGAGAGAACGUUAAGAGGAAUAGACGGCGCGAUAAAAAGGACGUUGUGCACCGGUAUUCAAAAUCUAAUUAAUAUAUUCACCAAUUAAUUCAAUCUUUAUUUGGGUAAUAAACACAUUUUUAUUUAACUUACAUAAGUGAUAUAUUUUGCCGUUUUUCACAAAUGUUCAAAGUGCAAUAAAAGUGCAACAAAAGGGUGUCGUGUGUAAUCGAGUGAUCGUAUCCGUCGUUCAUUAAAUUUCUCGAGAGAAUCCGGCGCGUCGCGACGCCGGAUUACAUCAUCCUUUCGUAAUCAUCCCGAGCUCUGGCUGACGGGAAAUGUUCCGGAAGUACAAGCUGCAGCAACGCGACAGCAAUUGCCGACCGCCCGACAUACACAGAUAACGCGAAAGUUGAUCGCGAGGAAUUGCGCGAAGGACCCGAAGAUCCGAGAUCAAGGGGCAGAGAAUCAAGAUCGAGAUCGACGAGCCGAAGAUUUAAAUUCAAAGACAAGAAUGAUGAUGAUAAAAAGUCAAGGAACCUCGAAAGGAGGGUAAUAACAGAUGGAUCCUUCGAAUUGUCAAAUGGUGGGAUCGACGAUCGAGUGAAAGUUGUUGAGGGCUUUAAUAAAGCGGGGGAUUCCUUGCGAAGAGUGUCGAGUAAGAGUAAAAUCGGUAAGAGAUGUGAUAGAUUGCUGGGAAGGAUCAAUAAGAGCCAAUCGUUUCCAAAGAGAAACAUCCAGCGGAAGCCAAAUCUGAGGAAGAAACAUGUUCAGGAGAAUUUCUUGUCGUUGAAGAAGGGUAUUCGAGAAGAAAUAUCAUUAGACAAUAGAAGACGGAGUUUAAUAUUAAAGAAAAAAGAUAUUAAAAGAAUUUUAAAGGAAGGUUCUCUGUUGCUGAGAAAAAACAGGGAAACAUUGUCAACUGAUAGAAGCGAUCGACAAAUCCUAAUAUUAGCGAGAAAGGAUUUUUACGAAAAUCGACUGAAGAAUAAUAUUCAGAGAAAGAUAGCCGAAAUAAACAAUCAGCAGAGUGUAUUAAUUGCGGAGAAAUACAAUCUGAAUAAUCCUUCAUUGUCAAAAAAAGAAGGGCUUCAUGAAGACAUUUCAUUGCCAAAGAAGAAAAUCAAAGAAGAUACACUGUUGACGAAGUUAAAUCUUAAGGAACAAUUAACGCGGGAAAACAUCGGGAAGAAUCUGUCAUCGGCCAGAAAUAAUAUUCUCCGUUUAUUCUCAAAGAAUUAUUUUCAAAAAAAUCCACGUCUCUCGAUUAAAAAAAAUGUCAGCGACAAUCUGAAGAAGACUAUUUCCCUUGAUCCAUUAAUGCGAUUAAUGGACAAAAAUAUUCGGAAAAAUUCAGAACCGUCAACAAGCAUUUGCGACGACAAGAUAUUUUUGGUAAAAAAAACUUUUGAGAAAACCUCACAAUUGUCUACAUGUGUAACAAAGAGUUCCUCAUUAUUGCGGAGAAAAGAGAUUUUUGAUGAUAUAAAGUUAGCGCGGAUCGAGAAUAAUUUUUUAUCGACAAAAAAUUGUUUUCCUUCGACUCGAGAAGGAGAUAUUCCUGAAGCUUUACGGUUGCAAUUAAUAGAAAACAACGUUCGGGAAAAUUUGUUUCCGACAAAUACCAUUUUUGCUCCAACUAAGGAAGUUAUUUUUUCACAACCUAACCAAGGCACUUCUUUAAUUGAAGAAGAAAACGAUAUUUCUGAAAAGGGUCUGUCGUUGACCGAAAGAACCAGCGACCAAGAGUUUUCUUCGACGAGGGAUUUUUCUUUUUCAACCGAGGAAGAUAUUUCUUUAAUUGGAAAAAAGACUAGACUAUCAGAAGCAAAAUGGACCAUCUGUAACUAUCUUUCGUUUCAACAGACAAACGAUUCGGUUGAUCUCCCUUAUCGAUCAUCAAUUAUUCACAGACGUCAUCUUCUAUCGAAAGUUCCUGGGUCAAUUCUUCAGGAAGCUAAGAAAAUACGCAAUAGCGACUGUAAAGCAAAAAGAUCGCCACCACCGGAGGAAGUCCGGCUGAGUCAAGGGUCAACAGGGUUUGAUAACGACGGGUCAGCCGAUAAACACGAUUCGUCCGUUGUGAAAUGCAGACUUACGGAUUCGAAUUGCUAUGCGAAACAGUCGAUCGCGAAACCAUCCGAAGUGCAUAUUACAAUUUCUAGGAUCUUCUCUUGCCCGAAGCAAGAUAGCUCCGAAGAAGGUCCGGAAGUCAAUUUUAUCGCGGAAUCUGAAAGUGCAUUGGGAUGCACAAAUGUUGAAGAUCUAAAGAGGAACUUGAAAGAUUCGGUCAUCAAGAUUAAGAAUUCUGAAAAGAUUUCGAAAACUCGAGGCACUAAAGUAAAACACGAAGUGGUACUAAGGAAAUCGGUCGAUGGAAAAGACUCCGAGGAGAGCUCGAAGAAUCCAAUUGUUGGGAUAAAAUAUUGCGAGGAAACUCCGACAAGUCGAAUUAUCGAAGUAAACGGCAACAAUUUGCCUAUCUUGAAGAUAAUCGACAAUCCCGAAGGUCCAACUCGUCAACAAAUAGUUCAAAAAGGUUCACAGAAAUUUUCCAAUUGUACAAAUCAUCGAUUGGAUAAAUCUGUGGAUCGACGUUCGUCAUUAAUAGUAAAUUCUAGACAGAAUUGCGCAAAUAUCUCGAAAAGUCCAUCCAUUAGGAUAGAAGAGUUAGUCGCCAGGAUAUACACCAACGAUUCACCUGCUUCGAAGAACAAUCCCGAAUUUCUGAGCAACCAACGACUAAUUCGCGAGUCCUAUCGUCUUCUGGAUCAUCGAUCGGACGAUUCGCGGUUGCCGAUAGUCGAGCAAGGAUUAUUAGAAGGUAACAAGAGAAGUGACUCGAUCGACGGACUCCGUAAGAAAAAUCCCAACAUGAAACUGACUAUCAGACUCAUCCGCAUUCGCGACAAGUUGGUGCUGGGCCUUAGCGCGUUCGCAAUCGUAUUCACGCUUCUGCUGGUGAUGGACCUGCAGAUGGAUCUGGGUUACAGCGGCCAUCACCUGACCCCAAGCCACGCUCGCGUUAGGGUCGGCGACCCGGCGGACGCCGACAGCGUCUACAACAACUUCCGCCGGAAGUUCCUUCAACGAGGUAAUGGCAGCCGGGAACAGGCGAACGGCGACGCGACGCCUGCAGUUGAAAAAUCCGGGAAAAGCGAACUGACUCCGUCAUCGUCGACGGUCAGGAGGCACGACGAUUUCGCCGAUCUGAUGGAUUUGGUGAUAAACGGGGACGUGGUGAAUGGUGACGAAGGCGUGGCGAGAAAUAGCGGGCGAAACCGAGAUAUGUACAAUCCGACACUCGGAGAACUGAAGAGGGUGGCACCGAGGUGA